UCAGCGCAACGUUAAACUCCUUUCCUGCCCAGCUCGGUGUAAUUAACAGCUUCGAGUUCAUUGUUUCGGUUUAAAACGAAAGCAGGCCUGCAGCGUCAAACAGGCGUUCAUUAAGAGCAGAUGCGCAGCUCCUCUGAGACUCGCUCAGAAAGGUGCGCAGGGAUACACAGAUGUGUCUAUAAGUUCUCCUGGGUUUCCCUUCGUGUAUAUUGGCACGAGUCUGAACAUUUGAGCGCUUAUCUGAUCAGAGACAAAAAAGGGAAAUAGGGCAAUGGUUUGAUUUGAUCGCCGCCCGUUUUCCCCCUUUAGAUGUUGGAGUUUCUCACUUUGUUUUUUUUAAUAUAAUUAGUAUUUUUCUCCGGACGUGGCCAAAGUUGCGCUGUUACCUGAACCUGGUUCAGUUGAUGCCGAGUCUUAUUACAAUGAGCGUUGACCACCAGUCGGUUGCCGUAGCGCCGCUGGAUCUGAGCACCACAGCUCGAAGGCGCAGGAACGCGGGGGACUUAACCUUUUGCGCCGGGGACGCCCGGGCGACCGGCGGCUCACCUGCGCCUCCUGCGAGCACCGGGACGGAUAGUUCAGCGGUUCGCCGCUCCCCGGACGCGGAAAGCACUCGGCUCGGCAAACGAGCAGCGGACUCAUCUCCCAUAAAGACUCCAUCGAAGCUUCCUUUUAGGAAGCGCACGUUUCCCGUCGAACAGGAGGUCCAGAAGCCGGCUGCACCGAUUUCAGUGGCAAGCUCACCCUGCUCUUCCCCCGCAGAGGAGCAGAAAGUCCGGAAGAGUGCGGCUAGUAGCUUGGAGAGAGCAGCGGAUGAAAGCAGGUUCGCCGUUGCACCGGUGACCCACAGGCGGACCGAGCAAGCAGCUCACAGUCCGGAAGGCUAUUCCUGCUGCAUUUUGCCCAUUAUUAAUUACGGUCACUACCCAGUGUGCCUGCCCCCCUUUCCAGAGCCACACCACCCACGAGUACACCAGACUGACAACCUGCUGGCAGGAAUUUCUCUGGCCACACGUCAGGAUGAAGACGGAGACACAGCCCUCCAUAUAGCUGUGGUUCAAGGGGAAUUGCCCAUCGUCCACAAACUCAUCCACCUGUUGGUGUUGGCUCGAAGAGGCCUUGAUAUCUACAACAAUCUUCGUCAGACUCCUCUUCAUCUGGCAGUGAUAACCAAGCAAGCAAACAUGGUGGAUGUUUUGUUGAGAGCGGGGGCCGACCCUGCUGUCUUGGACCGUCAUGGCCAAACAGCACUCCAUCUCUGCUGUGAAUAUCAGCUGCUCGAAUGCCUAUCUGUACUGCUGUCUUUCUCCUCAUCUUCACCCUGCCUAGAGAUCAGAAACUUUGAAGGUCUGAGUCCUCUUCAUUUGGCUGUGCUGCAAGGCCAUAAAAAUUUGGCAAAAUUGCUGCUGGAUGCAGGAGCAGACAUCAACGUGAUGGACAUUAAGAGUGGUCAGAGUCCUCUCAUGCAUGCCGUGGAAAGCAAUAAUGCAGAUAUGGUCCACUUCCUCAUUGAGAAUGGCUGUGACGUCAACAGCCAGUCGUACAGCGGGAACACAGCCCUGCACAUCGCCUGUGGCCGAGGUCAGGUGGAUACCGUCCGGCUGCUGCUGAAGAGCGGAGCAGACAGUAGUCUCAAGAACUACCACAAUGAUACGCCAGUGAUGGUGGCCAAGAAUAAGAAAAUAACAGAUGUGUUACGAGGAAGAGGAUCCAAGCAGAUCAAAGUUCAAGAGCAGCCUUGUGUGUCGGUCUCACCGCGUCAGAGUUGCUAUAUGGAGAAUGGAUCCCCUUCUUCAAACCACAGUCGUGGAUCUACACCUCCUACAACGCCACACAGCUUCCUUCCUAGUGCUUCCCAUCCCCUAAAGACUUCGUCUGCACUAUUCUAGCUUUGUGCAAUAUUUCCAGUGGGUCUCGCAACUACCUCCACACAGCUAAUCAUCAAACUCAGGGCAUUCAGCAAAGGAUUUGCCUCAUAUGAGGGAAAGCCAGAAAAUAUCAGCAUUAGACUCAACACUGGACCACAUCUCAAAUGUGGCCUUCUUUGAGCUUUUAUUGCCUUGCCAGAUGAGGCAUCUCAAAUCAUACAGCUGCUGUUUUGGACAUUUAUCUUGUGAAUAUAAAAAUAAAACUUCUGGGUAAUGCUGACAUAAAAAAAUGAGGAGUUUCCUCUUUUCCAAGUCGGCAUGAACAGAAGUGGGAAACUGCAUGUAAACAAGCUUGAAUGUAAAAGAUUUUUUUUUUGGAGUUACUUGCACAUAUUUGUAAAUUACAUGAAAUAAUUGUUAAUGAAAUCAGAAUUCCUGCCUUUUUAUUUUUGAUACACAUCAGAGCAUAAACUGAAUAUUAUAGGAAAUGAAAGAGGCUUUAAAGGACAUACAGUGAUACAAAGUUUAUUUGAAGAUUCCAGUAUUCCUUUUUGAAUGUUCCUUUCAUUACAGACUGUAAGGAAACAAAUCCCUCCAUAUUUAAGCAAGCGAGAUUGGAAAUGGUAUCUUGUUUCAGUGUUUGUGUUUGUAUGCCUGUAUCUAUUUUCCUAUCUUGUCAAAAGUUAUUGACUGUUUUUUUUUUAUAAAGUUUGUUCAACAGUUUCA